CACCAUUUACCUGACAGAGAUGGAGACCAUCCGAGCGAUGACGAUCCUUCGUCCAUUGCUCACAUGCUUCUUCUCCAUGAUCCUACUCUCACAUCCGAUGACGGCGACCGCCGUGGCGGCGGAGGCGGUGAAAGUGAGCACCACCCCGAUCUUCCGGGAGAUCCCGCUGGGCCAGGCGAGGAAGGACUUCCAGGUCUUGCUUCGCGUUGAGGCACCGCCGGCGGCGGCGCACCGCGUCCCGAUCGACGUCGUCGCCGUGCUGGACGUCAGCGGCAGCAUGAACGACCGGGAGAACCGGCCGUCGAGGCUGGACUUGCUUAAGGCCGCCGCCAAGUUCAUGGUCGCCAAGCUCGACGACGGGGACCGCCUCGCCGUCGUGGCGUUCAACGACCGCCCCGUCAGGGAACUCAGCUCCGGCUUGCUGUACUUGUCCGGCGAUGGCCGGAGAAACGCCAUGAACGUCGUGGACAAGCUCGAGGCGCGUGGCGGCACGGCGCUCUUCCCGGCCUUGGAGGAGGCCGUGAAGAUCCUGGAUGAGCGGCCGGGAGAUGGCCGGAACCGCCUGGGCUUCAUCGUCCUUGUCACCGACGGCGAGGACGCGAGGGGGUUCGCAUGGCGCCGCGAGAGCAUCCACGGCGACGUUCUCGGCAAGUACCCCAUCCACGCCAUCGGCUUGGGCGCGUUGCACGACCCCGAGGUUCUCCUCUACCUCGCGCAAGAAUCCCACGGCACCUACUCCUUCGUCGACGACGCGAGCGCCGGCGAGCUCCCCGUCGCCCUCGCCGUGUGCCUCGGCGGGCUGACGACCGUCGCCGCCGUCGACACGCGUGUCGUCCUCAAGGCCGCGGAGCCGAACGGGGUGCGCAUCGACCGCGUCGACGCCGGCGGCCACGGCACCCGCGUCGGCUGCGGCGGCGGCGCGUGCGAUUUUGACGUCGGCGCCCUCUACGCCGGCGAGACGAAGCACUUCGUCGUCCACCUCCACGUGCCAGCGGUAUCAUCGGUGGAGGACGGCUACUACUGCGAUAUCGACCUCGCCGCCUGUGACGACCGCCACCAACGCCGCCGCCGCCACGAGCAGCACCUCCUCGCCGUCGGCUACUCCUACCGCAACCACCCAGGCGCCGCCGUGAUCACCACCGAAGGCCACGGCGUUUUCAUCCAGCGAUCGCCGGAGCUCGGCAGCGGCAGCGUGCGGCAACCCCUGCUCCUCCCGUCCCCCGAGGUCCUGCACCAUAUCGUCCGGUUCGAGCUGCUGGACGUCGUGGCUGGCCUCGUCGACGGCGAGCUGGCGGUCGUCAGGGACCGUGCGCACGCCGGCGAUCUCCUCCAGCUCCGCUGGGAGGAGUUCAGGGCGUGCCACCAGUUCUGGGGCGGCCUCGACCUCGGCGGCCUGGAGAAGGAGGUGGACUCCAUGGCUGGCAGCCUCAGGACCGGGGCGGCCGCCUACGUGUACGCGUGGGUGUCGAGCCACCAGAUGCAGCGCGCCGCCAGCCUGGGCUCGCCCGAGAAGGCGGCCGCCGAGUACCUGACGCAAGCGAUGCGUGUCCUGAUGGAGGAGGCGCGGAAGCUGCCGCGGCUGGCCGAGACCACGACGUCGGCAGCCGCGGCCACGGGGCCCGGCGUCCAGUACUCCGGCGACUGCGCCGACCUGCAGAUGAUCGACCGGCGGCUAGAGCUGUGGUCCAAGGUAAGGCGCGACGUGCAGCAUCUCAUGUUCAGGCCAUCUGCGGCGGCCACGGCGGCGGUGGCGGAGGGAGAGGGAGAGGAGGACCUGCUGGCCGCCGUCUUCCAGGAGGCGUCGCUGGAGGCCAUCGAUCGCGCAAUGCACCGCGACAUUUACCUGGCCGCUGUGUAUGCGAGCAAGCAGAGGCGAUGCCACGUCGGCGCCUGCAACUGAAGGACGUGAGAACUCGGAAUUACUACUGCAGACUAUGUGUGACAUAAACAAUAAGGAUCUGUUUCCACUGUUGGAUGGCCAUCCAACAUCACAGAUGAAUCCCAGACAUUUCUCCGCCUACUCUGCCAAUACGGGUCCACAGUACUGUUAUGCCUAUUUGGGCUGCUGUGGACUAGUUAACGGAUGUGUACCAAAAUUUGAGCUCAAUAAGAGGCCCAGCUGUCUCUACCAAGCUUAGGCCCAGUGGCACCAGCUGUCUUUUGUCGUUACAGAUUUUGAAAAUUUUGAAAAAGAAAAGAAAGAGCAACCACCUCACCGUCUGUUUAAA